AUCAUCAGACGACCGUGCAAGCUAAUACGGAGAUUAUUUUCAACCCCAAACCUCAAACAGGUCAAACCGCCCGGCAGCAUCUGUUGUUGUACAAAGCACACGCACCCUUCCUCCUCGUCGAUCGCCACGGCCACCAACCGUCAGAGCUACUCCCAGAUCGCCGCCAUGGCCGCGCACGCCCGGCCGACGCUGCUCCUCUCCGCCCUAACAUUACUCCUAGCAGCACUACUGCACGCGGCGGCGGCCGCGACAAGCUGCGCGCCGAGGGCGUGUGGCAACCUGACCAUCGCCUACCCGUUCUGGCUCCCGGGCCAGGCUUCCUCCUCCUCGGCGCCCUGCGGCCCGGCGGCGUUCCAGGUCGACUGCCGCGGCGGGCAGGCCUCGCUGGCGAACUCCUUCCGCGGCGCCUACAAGAUCCUCCGCGUCUCCUACGGCAACCGCACCCUCGUGGUCGCCAACGAUAACGUCCAGACCAACGCCAGCGGCUGCCCCGUGCCGCGCAUCGACGUCUCCGCCAGCCUCAGCCUCGCGCCGUUCACGGCCAGCAGCGCCAACGCCCAGCUCGUCUUCCUCUUCAACUCCAACUGCACCGCCGGCGCCGGCGCCAACGGCGGCGCGCCGCCGCCGGGGUUCGUGAACGUGACGUGCCCGGGUACGCGGGCCCUGGUGCGGCUCGACCCGAGGUACAACACCUCCGCGGCGAGGGCGGUCGCCGGGGACUGCGAGUACUCGGUCGUGCCGGUGCUGGGUUCCCCCGGCGCGAGCGCGGGCGACUACCCCGAGCUGCUGAGGGGCGGGUACCAGCUGGAGUGGCGGGCGUCGGCCGGGGACUGCGCGGCGUGCAACGCCAGCGGCGGGCGGUGCGGGUUCGACGCCGAGGCCGACGCGUUCGCCUGCCUUUGCUCCGACGGGUCGUCACGCCCGGCAAGAUGCGAUGCAAACAAGUCCGGCAAGAAGGUCAUUCUGAUAGUAUCCUUGUCGAUCACAUUCGGCCUGCUGUUGGCAUUCCUCAUCGUCAUCCUCAAGUUCCGUCGACGAAUCCGCAGCUUCAGUUUACCCAGCAUCAUGGACAGACGACGCAGCAGUAGCGACACUGCAAACGUCGAGAAACUCCUGCAAAAGUACGGCGAUCUCGCUCCAAAGAGGUACCGGUACUCGGAGCUCAAGAAGAUAACCGAAUCCUUCAAGCACAAGCUCGGCGAGGGCGGGUACGGCGCCGUGUUCCGCGGCGUCCUGAACGCCUCCGGCGGCAACAGCCGCGCGCGCGAGGUCGCCGUCAAGGUCCUCCACCACUCCCGGCCCAACGGCGAGGAGUUCCUGAACGAGGUGGUCAGCAUCGGCCGGACGUCGCACGUCAACAUCGUCACGCUCCUCGGGUUCUGCCUCGAGGGCUCCAGGCGCGCGCUGGUCUACGAGUACAUGCCCAACGGCUCGCUGGACAGGUACAUCUACUCCGGCGACCCCGGCGCGGCGGCGGCGCUGGGGUGGGAGACGCUGCACGAGGUCGCCGCCGGCAUCGCGCGCGGGCUCGAGUACCUGCACGAGGGCUGCAACACGCGGAUCAUCCACUUCGACAUCAAGCCCCAGAACGUGCUCCUGGACGCGGACCUCCGCCCCAAGAUCGCCGACUUCGGGAUGGCGAAGCUGUGCAGCCCGCAGGAGAGCAUCCUGUCGAUGGCGGACGCGCGGGGCACCAUCGGGUUCAUCGCGCCGGAGGUCUUCUCCCGGGGGUUCGGGGUCAUCUCCACCAAGUCCGACGUGUACAGCUACGGGAUGCUGCUGCUGGAGAUGGUCGCCGGGAGGAGCAACGUCAAGGCCUACGCCGAGACGAAGUCGGGCGGCGACCUCUUCUUCCCGCUCUGGGUCUACGACCACCUGCUCCAGGACGGCGGCGUGCUCCAGCAGGACCGCGGCGCGGGAGCCGCUGGUGAGGAGGUCGCGAUGAGGAAGAUGGCGCUCAUCGGGCUCUGGUGCAUCCAGACCGUGCCGGCGAGCAGGCCGUCGAUGAGCAGGGUGCUGGAGAUGCUGGAGAGGAGCAUCCACGAGCUGGCGAUGCCGCCGCGGCCGUACCACGUUUCCCCGUCGCCGUCGCACCCGUCGAGCUACCCGUCUUCUACCUCGGAUUUCACCCUACGUAGCUCAAGAGUGCGUACGCCGGAGAGCACAGCGUAACAAAAGGAUUGGAGUAGGAGAAUUGAAUACAAUACAGAACAAGAAGCAAAGAUAGGUUGGCAACACAUUGUUUCGCACAGUUAGGGACAAAUACGAGGAUGGACAGUGAUGUAACAGCAAUGCAAUGUGCAGUUCAAUGACUGUA